AUGAGAGAGAAAGGUCGAGCUGCUUCGCGAUCGUGCAUCUUCAUCCUUUGGAAUGUAGGUGGGCUGGAAGUUACAAGUCCCGCCAUUGGUACUCUCAAGGAUGAAGGGGGAUCCACUAUGGACCACCCUAUCAACUCGAGCUCGAGUGCUUCACACUCUCCUACCCACUACGAGAACAUCGCCCUGGUAUGCAGAUGUAGGGAGGGAGAUUGGUUUGAUUGGCCAGGAGCGCAGAUCCAGUCCCCACUCUUUUUUACGAUUGGUCUCGAUAGAGUUGUCCACGAGAUCCGUACCCAGCUAUAG